CUUGAGCAGCCUCUGGCUAGAGCAACAGCCAGCUUGCUUUUUUAACAAAAUAAAGAAUAUUUUUGUGCCGCCGUCCAACAGUAUGUCACCUGAGCUGGAGGAGAACAGUCACGGUGAUAUCAGUCUCCCCCAGAUGGAGGCAGGGACCCUGUCUGAGGAGGAGGGAGGGGGGUCAGCUCGCCCUCUGGUGCCUGUGCCUGGAGCAGGCCCAGGGUGUGGUGAGGGUGGAGGGGCUGGCCCACUGCAGAGCCAGGACGGGACUACAGCUGGAACUGGAAAUGGGGCUUUAGCUUUACCACCGGUCGAGAGAGAAACCUGGACCAGACAGAUGGACUUCAUCAUGUCCUGCGUGGGCUUUGCUGUUGGCUUGGGCAACGUUUGGCGGUUCCCUUACCUGUGCUACAAGAAUGGAGGAGGAGUGUUCCUCAUCCCCUACUUGCUGAUAGUAUUCAUUGGGGGCAUCCCAGUCUUUUUCCUGGAGAUUGCACUGGGACAGUUCAUGAAGCAGGGAGGAGUCUCGGCCUGGAACAUCGCACCCCUCUUUAAAGGUCUGGGCUUGGCCUCAAUGGUAAUAGUGUUCUUCUGUAACACCUACUACAUUAUGAUUCUGGUGUGGGGUCUCUACUUUCUCUUCCACUCCUUCAUCAACCCGCUUCCCUGGGCCACCUGUGGACACCCAUGGAACACCCCCAACUGCACACAGGACUUUCGCCGCUUCUGCCACAACCGCAGCGCUGCCCAGUCGGCUCUGCAAUCACCUGCUGACACUCCCUCCAACCUCCUCUCCUCCACGUCCCCAUUGAACCUGUCCUCAGCCCAGCUUUUCCUCAACAGCAGCUGCAUUGAGGCUGAGGGCAUGCGCUCCCCGGUCAUCGAGUUCUGGGAACGUAAAGUGCUCCGUCUGUCUGGUGGGCUGCACGAGCCUGGUGACAUCAGCUAUGAGAUGGUGCUGUGUCUCAUAGCCACUUGGAUCAUUGUUUACUUCUGCAUGUGGAAGGGAGUUAAAUCUACUGGCAAGGUUGUAUACUUCACAGCUCUGUUCCCCUACCUGGUUCUGGUCGUCCUUUUGGCCCAUGGAGUCACUCUACCUGGAGCUUUAGAUGGGAUUGUGUACUACCUGAAACCAGACUGGUCCAAACUUGGAGAAGCACAGGUGUGGAUUGAUGCCGGCACCCAGAUUUUCUUCUCAUAUGCCAUCGGGCUGGGUGCCCUGACUGCACUCGGCAGCUACAACCGCUUCCAUAACAACUGUUACCAGGAUGCAUUUGUGCUGGCCCUCAUUAACAGUGGAACCAGUUUCUUUGCAGGCUUUGUGGUUUUCUCUGUGCUAGGCUUCAUGGCUGCAGAGCAAGGCGUGGACAUCAGUAAGGUAGCUGAGAGUGGUCCAGGCCUGGCCUUUAUAGCCUACCCCAAGGCUGUUACUCUGAUGCCUCUGGCGCCACUCUGGGCAGCACUUUUCUUCUUUAUGUUGCUCAUACUGGGCCUGGACAGCCAGUUUGUAGGCGUAGAGGGUUUGAUCACAGGAAUCAUGGACAUGCUACCCCCUAAGUCUGCCAUGGGCUCCCUGCGGCGAGAGGUGGUAGCAGCCAUCUGCUGUGUCAUCUGCUUCCUCAUCGACAUGUCAAUGGUCACUGAGGGAGGGAUGUAUGUCUUCCAGCUGUUUGACUACUACUCUGCCAGUGGCAUCACUCUGCUGUGGCAGGCCUUCUGGGAGUGUGUGGUGAUUGCAUGGGUCUAUGGCGCAGACCGUUUCAUGGACGACGUGGCUCGUAUGAUUGGCUAUCAGCCCCUACCCUACAUGAAGUGGUGCUGGUCCUACAUCACACCAUUUGUCUGUGUGGCAGUGUUCCUGUUCCACGUGGUGAACUACAAGCCCCUGACCUACAACACAGUGUACACAUACCCCUUGUGGGGUGAAGUGCUUGGCUGGCUAUUGGCCCUGUCGUCCAUGCUCUGUAUCCCAAUCACCGUUCUCUUCAAGUUACUGCGCUGCAAAGGAUCAUUGCGGGAGCGGUGGCAACACCUUACCACCCCAGUUUGGGGGAGACAUCACCUGGAGUACCUUGCCCCAGAGAGCGAGGCCAAACUGCUGCCCCCCACAGGAACCAAGAACACGCUCCUGUUUGAAAGUGUCAUCUGAUGAGCUGAACCCUACAGAACACAGAGCCACGGUCGCCCUUUUAACAUCAGCACACACAGACACACACAGGAACACACUACAAAAACAGAAGUGCAUACACACCACACUUGCCUGGUGAGAGCAAAGCGCAGAUUAGUUACACACUCCAAAGUUUUAAAGCUAUGAAAAAGCCCCUGGACAAAUGGACCAAAGAUUAGAUGGGAGAAGAACUGAAACACACACCCACACCCAUGUAGUCAUCACAGGCUAUAACCCCUCUGCUCUGCUUUCUGACUCUACCUCGCUGACUCUCCCCUCUCUUUCUGCUCCCCGCCUUUGUGCUGUAAGUCCUGUCUCGUCCUGUGAGUGCGAUGUUGUCCGGUGUAGUUGUGAUACCUUCCCUUUUUCUCGCCUCUCUGUCAGGGUGUCAACAGCCUCAUCCGUCCCAAGCCGUCAUGCUAUUUUGUGCUGAAUGAGCAUAAACUAAAAAGAUUCCGACGAAACCUCAUAUCUGCUGCUGAUGUGCCAUGGUCUGAGUGUGUGUGUGUGUGUGUGUGUGUGUGUAUAUGCAUGUUUGCCUGUAUGUAUGUGCGUCAGUGUGCUUGUCUAUCUGUGUGUGUGUGGGCGUGUGCAUGUGUCUGUCAGGACUGCGUGUUGGACCGUGGCAGUGGUGUCUUCAUUUACAUAAAGCAUUGCCUUUGGCUAUUGUUUCCUGCCAACUGUGUUCUCUUCAUUAACUGUACAAAAAUAACCUUCAUUUGUAAAAAAUAAUAAUAAUCAAAAAGAGACAAUGCAUCAUCACUUCCAACUGUGUGUUAUGAACUAACUUAAGUAUCCAGUGUAUUGUAGGAUCUGUGAAUCAGUGUUAACAAUAUUUGGAGGGGAUGAUGAUCAGUAUUUCCACCUUAAGAGAAGGAGAGAAACUUCAGACUGAAUUGUGCAUAAAGCAGGAGACAGGGUUGUGGGGAGGGGGACGAGACUUGAUGCCAAUGUCAGGAAAGAAGCAAUAAAUGACCAGAUAAAGAUGGACACUGUGUUUUUAUGGCUCUUUAUUUCCAUGGUUUCAUUUUUACUUCAUUCAUAACUCCAGUAGAUACGUACUGAUAGUAUUCU